AUGAAGCCUUGCGCCGGCGUAGGUCUCCACGUCUCCCCGCAGCCGAUUCCGGCGCGGUUCGGAUGCAAGCCACGACUUAGGUUGCCUCCUUUGUCUUCGUCUUCUCGUUUCCUCCCCUCGACUCUUCCUCUUUCGUAUCAAACCUCCUCUCACUCUUCUUCUACUUCUCUCCCCUCUCCUCUCCCCUCUCCUCUCGCUUCUUCUUCUCUCGCUUCUCUCUCCUCUUCUAUGCGAAGUGCCGGAUUUAGUUCUCGGUCCUUUCGGUUUGCGUCCGCAGGACUUCCCCGUGUUUGUUGCAGCAAGUCUCAGAGCGCGCUCAAUGUCCCCCACUUUGCAUUUUCGUCUCCUUCGUCUCUGUCGCUGUUUUCUGGGUCUUCUGUCUUUCCCGUGGCGUACGCUACGCACCUGUCAUUUUCCACGGCCGCUGGCACGCCUCCGCGCCGACGCCUUGAGGCUGCGAGAGAAGAGAAUGCUCUCGCUGCAAGUGCUUCUGAAGCUUCAACAGAUGGCUCUUCCGAGAAGCCUGGAAGCAACUCCUCAGAGGACGAGAAUGUCGACACGGAGACGCGGAGGCAAAGUCGCGAUGCAGCAGAAGGCGAGAUGGAAGAUAUCCUUGCAGCGGCUUGGCAAAGCGUCACGCAGGGAAGACACUUGAGUGCAGAACAACGAAAACGUUGUGCAGACGCAGUAGCUGUUCGAACGGGUGAAAUUUCGCAGCUCUUCGCUGCGGUCUUGGCGGUGCCGGAGGGCAGCAGUCGCGAUGCGGAUGAGACAGACAGACAGGAAGAAAUCGAAGGACGACGGCAUUUCAAUCAAGGAGAAAAAAAACAGGAAGACGUCCGCCAAGCAAUGCAGGACUUGGCUUCCUUCUUCUUCCUUUGCUCGGCUCUCAAGCUCACGUCUCUGGAGCUUCGCGAAAGCCUCUUCAUCGCGGCGUCUCGCGCUGCUUCGGUUGCCCGUCUCUCUUCGCCUGCGAUCCCAUCCUCAUCCAACUCUUCGACUUCCUCCAGAGGAAGAAGAAAGACCGUCAGUGCCACGGAGUGUCAGGAGGGUGAGGGAACCUGCUCUGAUGCCGCCUCUCCGCCCUCGUCACCUUCCACUCCUCCUGUCUCUCCUCCUACUUCUUCUGUCUCUCCUUCAUCUUCUCUUCGCCAAGAGGCAUUGCCGCCUCCGUGGGCUGUCCAAGCUGAAGAGGCAGCGCUGCUUCUGCGUUGCCUAGGAAGCGAAGGGAGAGGAGGCACACACACUGUUCCGUACGUCUCUUCCCUCAUUUCUAGGGCACUAAAGACACCGUCAAAACGGAACUUGGGACGAAAUCAAGCGACCACCAAAGCUUCUUCAACAUCUUCCUCUUUAUCGUUUUCCUCCCCUUCUUCAUCUUGUUCGUCGGAUUCGUCUGCGUCUUCACCUUCUUCUCAAGGUGCCUCAUCUCUUCUCUCGUCGACUUUAUCUUCUCCGGUAUUGGAACCAACCUGUUUUCUGGGGCUACCUGUGGACCGACCAGAGGCGAUGGAGUCCCGACCUGAAGUGAACGAAAAGCAGAUUAUUGAAACUCUGGUAGAAGCACUACUUGGGUGGACACGCGCCUCCAUGGUGACAGCUGCUGGGUUGACGAAUGCCUUGCAGGGCUACGCGUGGAAUGCUGCAAGACGAGGUUGUUGCCCCGUAGAUCCUCGAAAGGUUGGCGUUUUUCUGCGGCCCCUAGAGCGAGGUGGAGCACAUCUUUUCUCUCCUCAGCAGCUCGCGGAAAUCCUGGAAGCCUUGCUGCUUCUCAACUGCCGGGCGUUUCCUAGAAUCCGAGAGGUUGUCGAGGUGAUCACGGCGGAGCUGCUGCGGACAAAUCAAAGCUCAGCGUCUGUGCCGCCUCUGAGGAGCAACUCCGCAGGUUUCGGGACGGGCGACUCGGCUCUUCUGUCUUCAUGCUCUCUCUCCCCUCAGCAGCUCACUCUCUGGCUUGUCGUGCUCACAAAGUAUCGCGUUGAAAACGAUGAGGCGUUCGAAAUCGUGGCGGAGAUUCUUCAGCAGCCCGACGUGGUUCGGCGUCACCUGUCUCCUUCGCUGAUGGCAGGGCUUGCGUACUCUUUCGGAAAUUUUCUUGGGGGACGGCAGCAAGUUUCUCUCGAGACGCUGGGAACUGGGGCGAGACAAAAACUGCAUCUUUUUUCCUUGGGGGAUCUAAGUCAGCUCCUUGUGUCCUUGACGAAGGCCGGCAUCGUCGACCGAGUUCUUUUCGCCCGUAGCGCCGUGCUUGUCAGACGAUCGCUGGCAUUGCAGCCUUCUUCUCCUUCUCUUUCGUCUCCCCCGUCUUCUUGUGACUCUGUUGGAUCGUCUGCGUCUUCGCCUUUGCUUUUUGGCUGCGCCGAUGCAUCGCCCGAGCAGGUGGUGAAUCUGUGCGUCACAUUCGCCAGACAGAAACAGGGCGACGAGAGACUCUUCGAAAGUUUAGCAGCUCUCCUGCUUGCACCUCCGCCCUCGUGGCUUAUUUCUAUCUUUGUGAAAGAAACGCCGCGUGGCACUCUCCCGGAGACGAGGCUCGAGUGUCUCACCGCCGAAGACCUGAUUUCUGUCGUCGUUGCGUUCGCCCAGAUUCGCAAGCUACAAAGGCCUCUCUUUGAGGCAGUUGACAGUCUGUUGGUUUCUCGAAUGCAAGACCAAGGGUCUCUCUCUCCGUCGUUGACGCUGAGGAUUCUUCAAGCUCAUGCCAAGCUCGGCUACCGAUCAAUAGAGCUACAUCACUGUUUACUUCUGUCGCUAGCUAUGAGGAUUUCUGUGCUACCGACGCGACUCUCUGUCGCCGAGUUGCUUCAGCUCGUCGAGGCAACAGAGUCUCUGGGACUCGCACUUCCUCCGCGUCUCAGCGACUUUGUUAACAAAGAACUUCCUCCAGAGCUUCGGAAGAAAAGCACAACCGCUGAUGAGGAUUCCGAUGAAGAGGAUGCUGCAAACAUGUGGCGAGGGAUGCGCGUAAAUAGCAGUGGAAAGAAAAGGAAGAGACAGAAGGCACGAAAGAGAAAAUGGACGUGGUAA